CGCCCCCAUCUAAACCGGAUGUCAACCGACGUCCCAUAGUGCCUUGCGAGUGGCGGGCCUGAUAGCAGGUUUGGUGGAUAGCUCGUGGGUUCCGGUCGUCCUUGUUGGGGUUGUUUUAUUGUGCCCGGGUGCUGUACGAGAUUGGGGCCUGGUCAGUGCUUCGUCUGCGGAUGCAAUGGCGCUUCUCCGGGGCGUGUGGGGCGUGCUGAGUGCUCUGGGAAAGUCAGGAGCGGACCUCUGCGCGGGAUGUGGCAGUCGACUGCGCUCUCCUCUCAGUUUUGCGAAUGUACCAAGAUGGUUUUCAUCUAACGUCAUUGGUUAUCCAAAGAAGCCUAUGACUUCAUACGUUCGAUUUUCUAAAGAACAGCUACCCAUAUUUAAAGCUCAGAACCCAGAUGCAAAAAUUUCAGAACUAAUUAAAAAAAUCGCUGAGCUAUGGAGGGAACUUCCUGAUGCAGAGAAAAAGAUAUACGAAGAUGCUUACAGGACAGACUGGCAGGCAUACAAAGAAGAGAUAAACAGAAUUCAAGAACAACUAACUCCAAGUCAAAUGGUAUCUUUGGAAAAAGAAAUCAUGCAGAAACGUUUAAAAAAGAAAGCGUUAAUAAAAAAGAGAGAAUUAACAAUGCUUGGAAAACCGAAAAGACCUCGCUCAGCUUAUAACAUUUUUAUAGCUGAACGCUUUCAGGAAGCUAAGGAUGGUACAUCACAGGUAAAGCUGAAAACUGUAAAUGAAAGCUGGAAAAAUCUCUCUAGUUCUCAAAAGCAAGUAUAUAUUCAACUUGCUAAAGAUGAUAAAGUUCGUUAUUAUAACGAAAUGAAAUCUUGGGAAGAACAGAUGGUUGAAGUUGGACGAGAUGAUCUUGUACGACGUUCAGUGAAAUACACAGCAAAAUAGUGACCCUGAGAAGUCUUAAAAUAGAAGAUUGAAUUAUGUUCAUAAUGGAUAGACACAAGAAACCAAUUAGGUCUCAAUACCCAAAGCUGUUGUAAAAUUAAAAUGGAUAAAAGUUGGUAAACAUUUAUAUUUAAUUUCUUUUCUUUAGCCCAUUGACUUCUGCCAGCCAAUUCAAUACAUUUUGUAUUGGUGUCUUGCUUUGGAAAACCCAAACAGAUAAGAGUUCAUGCGGAAUGUAUUUUGUGUUUAGGAACCACUGAGCAUCAAAAUAAUCCAUGAAAUGUAACCGUGAAUCAUUUUACCUUUGAUAAAGGUAAAUCAGACUGUGAAGUUUUUUUAUACUCUAUGACUAUGGAAAGAA